CUAUGCUCCUUGGUGUCCAGCUUGUAAACAGAUUGAACUGACGUGGGAGAGUUUCGGGAAGGAAAGCGAGCGUCUAGCUGUCACCGUAGGGAAGGUGGAUGUCACUCAGGAGCCAGGCUUGAGUGGUCGUUUCUUUGUCACAACACUUCCUACAAUUUACCAUGCCAACGAUGGAGUGUUCCGCAGGUACCGAGGCGCACGGACGCUGGAGGAUCUUCAAGAUUAUGUUUUAGAGAGGAAAUGGGAAGCUGUGGAGCCUGUAGCAGGAUGGAAGUCUCCAUCUUCUAUAAUGAUGCAUGGCAUGGCAGGGCUGUUCCACUUCUCCGGAUGGAUCAGGCAAAUCCACAACUACCUCACUGGCACUCUUGGAGUCCACGUCUGGGUGUCGUACGCGACCUUCGUCUUAGCCACCUUGCUGCUUGGCCUGCUCCUGGGCUUGAUACUGGUUUUGAUUUCAGACUGCCUUUGCCCACCCAAGUCCAGUUAUAGUCCUGAAGCAUCUGAGGAAGCCAUCACCAAGGCUGACGUGGAGGAUGCAGCCUUGGAAGAGCUAGGAGAGGCUGCAGAGCUUUCUGCAGACGAGGCGGACGAGACUGCCGACGUGAAGGAUGCCUCUGAAGGGGAAGAUGCAGCAAACUCGAGUGCUGGUGACUCAGAGGAGGACUUGGAGCUCGACAGAGAAUCAGGAGAAGAAGAAGAAGAAGAAGAAGAAACAGAAGCCCCGAGUGGAAAACCUUCAGCUGAAUCAGAGACUGAGAGCUCAGUGAGACACCGUAAAAGUCAGGUGGCUGAUAACGGACUAUAG